AUGGAGGCGGCUGCUGCAGGGUUCGGCUCGUGGAUGCGGGGCUUCCUCCUGCCGUCGCUGUGGGAGGCCGAGGUCGCCGUCUCCGCGGCAGCGCUGCUCGUCGCCGCGCUGCUUCUCUUCUUCCUCGACCAGGCGGUCCAGUCCAGCACCAAGUCCUUGCCUUCUUCUUCUUCUUCUUCUUCUUCUUCUCUUGCAGUUGCAGCCGCGGGCUAUCGCCGGGAUGGUGGCGAUGGUCGCCGGCGGCGGGCCAAGGGGAGGCAGGAGGCCGCUGAACUUGGAGGGACCAGCAAUAUUGUUCUUCCGGGUGUUAGCUCUCACUCUCGGGACAGAACCGGCUACGUGAUCAACCUAGAGCUGCUCUCUGCUAAGUACCUGAUCGGCGCCAACUUGAACGGGAGCUCUGAUCCUUACGCCGUCAUCUCCUGCGGAGAGCAGAAACGCUUCAGUUCCAUGGUGCCUAGUUCAAGAAACCCAUUGUGGGGGGAGGAGUUCAACUUCCUGGUCAGAGAGCUCCCGGUUGAGGUAACCAUAACAAUAUAUGACUGGGACAUCGUGUGCAAGUGCAAAGUUAUUGGAUCUGUAACUGUAGCAGUUAUUGGUGAAGACGAAACAGGAGCUACUUGGUUCGACCUGGACAGCAAAUCUGGUCAGAUUUGCAUGCGUUUUAGGUCAGCUAAAGUAUUCCCGACUUCUGAGAGUCUGUUUGACCAAUGUGUUGGAAUCGAGUCCCAGAGAAAGAUGAUACUAAACAAGCAAUACCUGCCAAUGAUGGAAGAUAGUGGUCCUAUACAACCUACAUUUGGACUUCCUCAUGACGAAAUUGUUCACCAAAGCUAUUCUUGUGCUCUUGAGAGGUCUUUUUUGCACCAUGGGCGUAUGUACAUCUCAUCGUGGCAUCUGUGCUUCCACUCCAAUGUAUUCUCCAAACAGUUGAAUGUGAUUAUUCCAUUACAAGAUAUAGAUGAGAUAAAAAGAAGCCAGCAUUCCCUUAUCAACCCAGCAAUUACUAUUUGUCUUCAUACCGGUUCAGGUGGUCAUGGAACACCCCCUUCAUGCAGACAAAAUGGAAGAAUCAGGUACAAAUUCACAUCAUUCUGGAACAGAAACCGCACAUUUCGGGCCCUAGAGAAUGCACUGCAGAGUUACAGGGCAACCUUAGAAGCUGAAAAGCAGGUCAGAAUGCAUUCACUUCAACAAGGAGGAAGCAGUGAUGCCAUCUGUAGCAAAACAGAUGACCUAAAGACAGCAGAAACAAGCAUUGAACGGGCAAAAGCAUUCAAACCUUUCAUCAAUGAGAAUGUUCUUGUAGAUGCAACCAGUAAAACCUUCCCUGGCACAUCUGAGAAGUUCUUCAGUAUCAUAUUAGGUAACAAUUCAAAGUUUUUCCAGCAGUACCGUUCUGGAAGAAAAGAUACAGAUUUAAAGUUGAGCAAGUGGUAUCCCUCAGAUGAGCACGGUGGCAAUAUCCGUGAAGUGAUGUUCAGGUCUCUAUGCCACAGUCCUUUGUGUCCCCCAGAUACUGCGGUGACAGAAUGGCAGCGUGCUUCCUUCUCAAAAGACAAAACAGAUCUGAUCUAUGAGACAAAGCAUCAGGCACAUGAUGUUCCAUUUGGUUCUUACUUUGAGAUUCACUGCAGGUGGUCUCUAAGAACAACCUCCAGUUCAACAUGUGAAGUUGAUAUAAAGAUUGGAGUAAACAUGAAGAAAUGGUGCAUUUUGCAAUCCAAAAUAAAAUCUGGAGCAACUGAUGAGUACAGGAGAGAGGUUUGCAAGAUUUUGGAAGCUGCAUGUGACUAUGUCCUUAAAGAAGAGUCAAACAGCCAAGCAAGCCAUGAAAUUGUAGCAAUAUCUUAAACAUGAAAAACUGUAGUUGUAAAACCAAGUGUAAUUCCCACACGCAGAUACAGCUAACACAUUGAAGGA